AUGACCCUGCCUGAGCUGCCCAUACAAUAUAACAACCCGCGGGGCUACAACCCCACCCUCAAGUCCUGUGCACUCGCCUCACGGGAAUCCACCCCCAUUUCCCAGCGACAGCUCUUCUCCACAAUCACUCUACGGGGCCCUUGGAAGAAUGAAGCGCACUGGCCAUUGCACAGCGGGAGUGCAGAAAACUUUGAAAGGCUGCUCGAAUCGUCCCCGCAUCUCGCAGAAUACGUAACCUGCCUCAAAAUCCUCGACCGUCCGUUGCCAGGAAGCUUGCCCGACAAACGGGAAAAGGACCACGGCCCCUGCCUCAGAACGGAAUGGUUUUCCACAGACGAAGCAUUGCGGGCGUGUCUCCUCCGCCUUAAACGCGUGCAAGCGCUACUCAUAAACUACCGCGACGAUCUCCAUACAAAAUAUGAGAACCUCCCAUCAGAGCUCAAGAGGUGCCUCAGCGCGGUUCUGCGGCUCGAAACUGUUGUCUACAUACACAUGUCCUGCUUUCCCCUUUUCCUCCUCGAACUCGGCCCAAAUCUGAAACGGAUAUCCUUUGAAGGGCCAGUUCUGCUCAUUCAUCCAUCGAGAGUAUGUCGCCCCGACGUCAGCUUCUUCAUCGAGAUUAUCACAAACGACAAAAUAUUGGACUUCAGCCAUCUGAAGAAGCUCGUCGUUGAUGCACGGAUGGAUGGCACGAGGGAAGACUUGGAGUACAUUGAGACCAAAGACUCGUUCCCCUGGCUCCUUUCCUUCCUCUGCAAGCUUGCAACAUCCACCCAUCCCCUUACGGAGCUCAAUUUACAUCUGUACUACGAGUUCUUUACCCUCGAGUACAUUGAAGACGAGCACCUCGAUUCCUGGAAAAUAUUCGCAGAAUUCCUCCUCGCCGACCACUUCCCAAACCUCAGGAAAGUAAAUGUCGAGAUAUCAUCCAAGCCGAGUGGGCACACUCGCGUAGCUGUCAAAGUGCUUCAGCAAGAGAAGGGCAUUCAGGAGCUUUUGGAUAAGGAAGGGAUGGAUGUGACCUUGUUGGAACUCCAAACAGAUGCGUCUGAUGCUAUUCUUUCUGAUGUCCAGAAUGAGGCUGACAACAACGACAACAUACAAGAGUCCGGGGAAGAUGAAAUCUCUUCUGUUGCAAGUGGGGAAGAAUUAGCUGCACCUCCUGCAAAGAAAGUGAAGGCCAUUCCUGAAGUUGCAGUCUAUGUCGACAUCGUUACUCCUGCUCAUGGUGUAAAGCAAAAGGAAUCCCUGACCACCUGUGGCCCUUUCUUCUUCACUGUUGAGACAUCCCACAAUGAAUUCCUUCAGUCUGUUGUUGCCUGUGCUGCAAGUGGCACUCAUGUUCCUUCUAUCAACGCAAUCAACCAGUUGCAGCUUUUCUGGAAACUCAAUGUCCCCGCUAACGACAAGAAGAAACCUCUGGCAAAUGUGCAGGGGUAUCGGGCCCUCAUCUUGAAGAACAUUCCGUCUACCUCUGCUACCUCUUCUGCACAUACUGGAGAGCAUGGAGACAGUGAUGAGGAGGAGCUUCAGGAUGGGUCAAUUGGGUCGUCUGUCCGAGAACAAAAGGCUGUCAUUGGCCAUGCUAACACAGGAGUCAUUGAACAGCUUUGGCAGCUAUAUCCAGUGGGAUCCAAUCCAUUAUACCCAACCAAAAGGGUUUACACCAAAGAUGGUCAUUCAUGGGAGUUGAAUGAUUUAUGCCUCCAGGUUUGGGCUAUGCAUCUGAUGGCUGACCCACCUACAGCGACUCUUGAUGCCCCACCAGUCAGUGCCCACUUUUCUGAAUCCCAAAAGCUUCGUGCGCCGGCAACAACACCUGCAUCAACUGCUGCAGUCACCUCUGGCGUGCCCCCCAUUGGUGCCACUCAACCUCAAAUGCCUCAAAUGCCGUACAGCUACCCCCCUUAUCCAUUCUAUCCUCCAUACCCAUAUUCGCAAUAUCCGCCACCACAACCACACGGCCUGAACCCUCACAACCACCUCUUCCAUGCUGUCCGAUCUUGA